GGGGAGUGCAGAUGAGUUCAGAGAGAGAGGAGCGGGAGGUCGGAACCUGCUGCGCAGACAUAUGACUACAAAGGAGUUAAACAAGAAGGGCCGUUUACCAAACCAGGAGGGACACAGGAGCUAAAGAAUGAACUCAGGGAGGUGAGGGAAGAGCUCAAGGAAAAAAUGGAGGAGAUAAAACAGAUAAAGGAUGUAAUGGACAAGGAUUUUGAUAAACUCCAGGAAUUCGUGGAGAUUAUGAAGGAAAUGCAGAAGGAUAUGGAUGAGAAGAUGGAUGUUUUAAUAAAUAUACAGAACAGCAAGCAUCCCCUUAGAAGAGGACCAAAGGAGCAGCAGGAACUCAGGCUCAUGGGAAAGACUGACCCACAGCCUCGGCUCAAGAAAAUGCACGAAGCUGACGGAGCACCGCUGGCUCUUCACAAGAAUGUGGCACUACAGAAACCAAAACAGGACCCGCUGGAUUGCCUCCAUCAAUGUGGGACCUGCUGCGAGAAAUGUAUGUUGUGUGCCCUAAAGAGCAACUACAAUCAGGGGAAACUUCCACACCAGGCCUGGGCGCCCUUUUCACCCUUGGCAUCUGGAGCUGCCUUCUGAUUUACCUGUGCUUCAACCUCUGUGCAACUGGGGACAUGCUUCCAACCUAGCGCCGCCUCAGAACCCACCCGCAGCUCCGGCUCAUCCUCUCCCCACUCCCCGAGCGGCACACUGAAGCCUUGCUGCCCUCUUUCCUACCACCCGCCCCAGGCCUUUCUCUACCUGGAGAUUAAAAUCUUC